UAGACAUACUGUAAACAUUUUUGCUCUCUUUAUUUUCACAUGUUUUUCCAUGGACCUUAUUAAUAUAUCUCAAAAUACAAUUUUAGAUUUUAGAAAAAUAUGUCUUUGUAAUCAAAAUACAGCAAUACAAAUAAAAUUAAGCUGACAUGAAUCCCCACAAUAGGACGGCUUUAAAUCCUUCAAAUUUUAGGUGGCCUUUCCUCAUACUAGAUUAGAAUAUGUUAUGCAGACCAUACUAUAGGUUAUAACCUUGGAGUGAGUUGGUUUUUAUCAUUUAACGAAGGUCAACCAGGAGUCUAGAUAAAUAAAAGAAAACUAAAGUAACCUGCAGUGCACCUCUAUUCAGUUUGUCUUCCACCAACUCAAAUAACUAUCUCUCCUGCUCCUCUACUAUUCGUCUCCUCGUCAUGGCAUUCUGUGCCACUCUACUCAUCACUUUCCUCACCUUCUCUACUGUCCGAGCCACAGCCCCUGAGGUGACAGUGGAACAUGGAAGACUCCGUGGACGUACCUUGACCACUGCAGGAGGCAAGACGAUUUACUCCUUUGAGGGGAUCCCUUAUGCUGAAGCUCCUGUUGGUGCUUUAAGGUUUCAGGAACCUGAGCCACUGAGGAAGCCAUGGCAGGGAGUAUGGGAUGCCUCACAUCCUGGCAGUGUGUGUCUGCAGUAUGACCACAUGACCUACCUCAAGGAGGAACCUAUCCUAGGUGAUGAGGAUUGUCUCUACAUCAAUGUCUACACCACGGAGCUUCCCAACAGUUCAAAAACUACAGACUUGAAGGAUGUUAUUGUAUACAUCCAUGGAGGGGCCUUCACCUAUGGAGGGGGUCACCUCUACAUGCCCUGGUACCUGCUGGACCACGAUGUUGUUUAUGCUUCUAUCAACUACCGCCUUGGCCCUCUUGGAUUCUUGAGUACAGAGGAUGAAGUGGUUCCUGGUAACAACGGACUGAAGGACCAAGCAAUGGCACUGGCGUGGUUGCAGCGGAAUGUGGCUGCCUUCGGUGGAAACCCCAGCAGUGUUACCAUAACUGGGAUGUCAGCUGGAGGGGCCAGUGUACAUUACCACUACCUUUCCCCUCGAUCUGUAGGAUUGUUCCACAAGGGAGUCUCUAUGAGUGGAUCUGCCCUGUGUCCCUGGACACAGACUGAAGAAGCAGCUAGGAAGGCCCGUGAUCUUGCCUCUGCCCUUGGUUGCCCAACCAAAUCCAACCAAGAGCUGGUGGACUGUUUACGAACUCGACCGGCCAGGAGAAUCGUACGGCUCGUUCAAACUCCUCUCUUUAUGCCUUGGCACUUCAACCCCUACAGUCCAUUUGGGCCAGUCCAAGAGAAGGCAGGUUCAAACCCGUUCCUCACCCAACAUCCUUGGGACAUCCUGCAGGAUGGAAAGGUGCAAUCUCGACCUUGGCUGGCCAGUGUCACCUCAGAGGAAGGACUUUAUCCAGUCUCCAAUUUUGUGGCAAACGCUACCCUGUUGGCUGAGAUUGAAAAAGACUGGCUGAAAAUUGCUCCUGCACUCCUAGACUACAACUAUACGGUAGUGCCUGACCACAAAGAUGAAGUCAGCCUUAAGAUUAAGGAAUACUACAUGAAAGGACAACCAAUUUCACGAUCUACUGUUGCUCCCUUUAUCCAGUUAGCCAGCGAUCGAUUGUUUGUUGUGGAUGUCGAGCGAGCCGCUCGUCUGAUGGCGCAGGCAGAGAAAGCACCUGUUUACUUUUACCGGUUCUCUUACCGUGGUAAACACAGCUAUUCAGAGAUGAUGUCUUGGGGCUCGACUGAAAACUUUGGAGUAAGCCAUGGGGACGACACAGGAUACAUGCUGGGAGUGGAGUAUAUGAACCCUCUAGAGACCGAAUCUGACCUCAGGAUGAGCAAACUCAUGGUCAACAUGUGGGUCAAUUUCGCCAAGACUGGCAAGCCCAAGUUCGGGGAUGCCGCUUGGACUCCUGUAUCCCCCACCACAGGUCUGACGGGAACUUUGGAUUUCCUGCACAUUGCGUCCCCUGACAAUGCCAAGCCUGAGACCAGUGCAGACCUUGGCCACCGAACCUUCUGGGAUACACUGCCUUUCAACGAACCUGCCAACUUGUACGCAGCCCACCACCACACAGAAUUGUAGUGGUUCCUAAUGUUAAUAAUACGCUAUCACUUGUGUAAAUAUGCUAAGUAAAGAUUAUCAAACCUGUAUUGCUAUUUAGUUGUGUUCAAUUCAAACACUUUGAAAGGAAAUUCAAUAUGUCAUUCACUAAAAGAUUAUAAAUAAAAAGUAUUGAAAAUUA